AUGCGAAAUCUCGUGUCUCCUUACCCAAUCGGGGUGAGUGCCGGCGCGGGUUUUACCAAUCUCUUCUUCUCGAACUCUUACCCUGGAUCCCGGAUGUAUCACCAACAAACCUCAGCGGUUGCAACUUACCCUGUACAAGGGUACGGAGUAGCACCAGGAAUAGCACCAGGAGCCGCCGCCUACCCAGCUGCAUACCAUGCCGCCGCACCCAUACCUGGUGCAUAUCUUGCCUUUCCACCAGCGAGUGGCACACCGGCGCCAGAAACAUCUACAAAACCUAUACAAAGCAUUCCACCACCCCCUGCAGAACCGGCUGUUACACCCAAGAUCGCAGAAAACGCGAUACGAAAGCUUGUUACUCUUGAAUUGAAGCAGGCGGGGUUUGAGAGAGGCGAACCGACAGCUGUGAAGAGGCUGGAGUAUGAAGUCCAGGCUUUCGUGCAGCAACUCUACCAACGAGCACAUGAAUAUGCCAAUCUUGCCAAUCGAGCUGGGGCUGUUGCAUGGGAUUUGGCCAAGGCUUGCGAGGAGUUCGACAUGCCCGUGAGUGAAUUGCAUGAGCUGUCGAGGAAGUCGAAGAAGCGGAAACGAAGAUUGGCCAAUGUGAAACCUACGACGACACUUGUACCUCCUCGUUCGAGGUCUCCUUCGCCAGAGCUCUUACCGUCGGAUGAUGACGAUACGCCUGUCGUCCCUGCGACACUACGAACACUACCCUCGUACCUCCCUCCUCUGCCACCCAAACACACAUACAUGAAGACACCUGCUUCACCGCCAAAGAAAGCUGCACUGCCGUCACUCGAAAAGAAGCUCAAGACUGCAAGCUUGGUUCAGAAAUCAUUACAGAACCUCUUAACCGCGACGGAAGACAGCACGAACAACGAGGAUGCGGAGCUGCUGGGUCACAUUGUUAAUUGGGAAACUGGACUACAUCCGCGAAAGAGGUGGAAAGUAAGAAAGUAA